UUUCUAGGGUUUUGUAAAUCCAGAAAGAAUAAAAAAAAUGCACAUCAAAGAAGUUUGUUUGGAAGGAUUCAAAUCGUACGCAACACGGACUGUUGUUCCGGGUUUCGACCCGUUUUUCAACGCGAUAACGGGUUUAAACGGAUCGGGUAAAUCGAACAUUCUUGAUUCGAUUUGUUUUGUUUUGGGUAUUACUAAUUUGCAGCAGGUUCGAGCUUCGAAUCUUCAAGAACUUGUUUAUAAGCAAGGGCAAGCUGGGAUUACAAAAGCAACGGUUUCGGUUGUGUUCGAUAACUCGGAUAGAAGUAGAAGCCCUCUUGGUUAUGAAGAUUGUUCCGAAAUUACCGUCACUCGACAGAUUGUGGUUGGUGGGAGGAACAAAUACUUGAUCAAUGGGCACAUUGCACAGCCAACUAGAGUGCAAAAUCUUUUCCAUUCGGUGCAGCUAAAUGUCAACAAUCCACAUUUCUUGAUUAUGCAAGGGCGGAUUACAAAGGUGUUAAACAUGAAGCCCCCUGAAAUAUUGUCCAUGCUUGAAGAAGCUGCUGGAACAAGAAUGUAUGAAACAAAAAAAGAUGCUGCUUUAAAGACCCUUGAGAAAAAGCAGGCUAAGGUUGAUGAGAUUAACAAGCUUCUUGAUCAAGAAAUACUUCCUGCGCUAGAAAAGUUGAGGAAAGAACGAAUGCAGUACAUGCAAUGGUCUAAUGGGAAUGCGGAGUUAGAUAGGUUGAAAAGGUUUUGUAUUGCUUAUGAAUAUGUAGAAGCAGAGAAGAUUCGAGAUAGUGCGGUUCAUGGUGUUGAUGAGAUAAAGGCCAAGAUAACCGAGAUUGACAAUGAUAUGCAGAUGACACAGAUCCAGGUUCAAGAGAUGGAAACACAUGUAUCAAAGUUAACUGCUGAAAAAGAUGCGACCAUGGGUGGGGAAGUUAAAGGUUUAUCAGAUCGAGUUGAUGCCAUUUCUUGUGAUCUUGUUAAAGAAACUUCUGUAGUUAAAAAUCAAGAAGACAAUCUCAAGACCGAGAUAAAGAAUGCUAGUAAGAUUGCAAAAAAUAUUGAAGAGCUGAAGCAGUCUGUGGAAGAUAAAGUUUCAGCUGUAAAGAGCGCAGAAGAUGGUGCAGCUGAUCUGAAGAAAAGAGCAGAGGAGUUUGCAAAGAGUUUGGAAGAUCAUGAGAAAGAAUACCAGGGUGUAGUUGCUGGUAGGAGUAGUGGUAAUGAAGAGAAAUGUCUCGAAGAUCAGCUAGGUGAUGCUAAAGUGGCUGUUGGAAAGGCAGAAACUGAGCUGAAGCAAUUGAAAACAAAGAUAAGUCACAGUGAAAAGGAACUAAAAGAAAACAAAAAUAAGCUAUCAUCAAAGCGUGAUGAAGCUGUUAGUGUAGAAAAGGAGCUGAAAGUCAGACAGAAAGAAGUAGAAACUGUUGAAAAGGCUUUGAGUUCACUUUCGUAUGAGGAAGGACAGAUGGAGGGUUUACAAAAGGAUCGAGAGUUGGAGUUAAAAUUCGUGGAUAAGAUAAAAGAGGAUAUUCGGAAUAUUUCUUCAUGUUUAGGAAACAUUGAAUUUUCUUAUCGUGAUCCUGUGAAGAACUUUGACAGGUCAAAAGUCAAAGGUGUGGUUGCAAAGCUCAUCAGAGUGAAAGAUAGCUCAACGAUGACGGCUUUGGAGGUAUGUGCAGGUGGGAAGUUGUAUAAUAUUGUGGUCGACAAUGAAAACACCAGUAAACAACUUUUAGAUAAUGGACAGCUUAGAGGAAGAGUCACAAUUAUUCCUUUAAACAAAAUCCAACGCCAUGUUGUUGAACCUAGAAUUCAAAAUAAAGCUGCUACUAAGUUUGGUAAAGGCAAUGCUGAAGUUGCUCUUUCAUUGGUUGGCUAUCAUAAUGAACUUCAGAGUGCUAUGGAAUAUGUUUUCGGAUCAACCUUAGUCUGCAAGACCAAGGAGAUUGCACAAGAGGUCGCUUUCAAUCGAGAGUUUGGUACCAAAAGUGUGUCGUUGGAUGGCGAUAUAUAUAUGCCAAGUGGACUUCUGACUGGUGGCUCUCGAAAAAAUGGCGGUGAUUUAUUAAGGCAACUACAUGCUUUGGGAGAGGCAGAAUCAGAAUUAUCGUUACAUCAGAAGCGGCUAUCAGAAAUUGAUUCCAAGAUCAGUGAGAUUCUUCCAUUUUAUAAAAAGUAUACUGAGCUAAGGAAAGAGCUGGAACUCAAGGCAUAUGAACUCUCAUUAUUCAAGACUAGGGCCGAGCAAAAUGAGCAUCAUAAGCUUAGUGAAAUAGUGAAAAGGAUUGAGCAGGAGCUCGCAGAAGCAAAAGUUGCAGUUAAUGAAAAGCAAGCACACUUUAAAGAAUGCGCUAGUGAAGUGGCAAAUCUUGAAAAAUCAAUUCAUGAUCAUGCUAAUAAUCGGGAUCGUAGGCUCAAAGAUCUGGAGAAAAAGAUCAAGGAAGUGAAGACAAAAAUGCAAGCAGCUUCAAAAGACCUCAAGGGGCAUGAAAAUGAAAGGGAAAAACUUAUUAUGGAAGUUGAAGCUGUGAAACAAGAACAAGCAUCAUUGGAAAAUCAACUAGUUGCAUUGCAGAAGCAGAUUAGCGUGUUAACUUCUGAAGUGGAUGCUCUCAAGACCAAGGUAUCUUUAUUGAAAGAUGAACAUAGUCUAGCACAAUCUGAGCUGAAUGCCGCCCGCGUGAAGGUGAAGGAGUGUGAUUCACAAAUAAGCAGCAUUCUUAAAGAGCAACAAAAGCUUAAGAACAGGAUCGGUGAGAAAAAUCUUGAAAGGAAAAAGUUAGAAAACGAGGUGAAACGCAUGGAGAUGGAACAAAAAGAUUGUUCAUCGAAGGUAGAUAAAUUGAUUGAAAAGCAUGGUUGGAUAACUUCCGAGAAACAACUUUUCGGAAGAAGUGGAAGUGACUACGAUUUCACAUCACGUGAUCCGCACAUAGCAAGAGAACAAUUUGAAAAACUCCAGGCUGAACAAGCAGGCCUUGAGAAGAGAGUGAACAAGAAAGUUAUGGCCUUGUUCGAGAAAGCAGAAGACGAAUACAAUGACUUGAUAUCCAAGAAAAACAUUAUUGAGAAUGACAAGUCAAAGAUUAAACUCGUGAUUGAAGAGCUAGAUGAGAAGAAAAAGGAGACACUGAAAGUCACAUGGGUUAAGGUUAAUAGUGAUUUUGGCUCUAUAUUUUCUACUUUGUUGCCCGGAACAAUGGCAAAACUAGAACCCCCAGAGGGUGGUACCUUUUUGGAUGGGUUAGAGGUGCGUGUAGCCUUUGGGGGUGUUUGGAAACAAUCAUUGUCAGAACUUAGUGGAGGACAAAGAUCGCUACUUGCACUUUCACUAAUUUUGGCGUUGCUUCUCUUCAAACCAGCUCCACUUUAUAUACUGGAUGAGGUUGAUGCAGCCCUUGAUCUAAGUCACACACAGAACAUUGGGAGGAUGAUCAAAGCUCAUUUUCCACAUUCACAGUUCAUUGUCGUCUCCCUGAAAGAAGGCAUGUUCAACAAUGCUAAUGUUCUUUUCCGAACCAAGUUUGUGGAUGGAGUCUCCACUGUUCAGAGAACGGUUGCAUCAAAGCAGAGUAAAUAAUAAUUAUUAUGAGUUUCAACUACUUAGACAAUGUAACAUAUAUUCAUCUAUUAUUAUGUCAAGUCCUUUUGGAGGGAGUCUUAAUGUCGUUUGGUAUUAUUAGCACUAAUCUUGUCCUUUUCCUGAUAUAUGUUUGGAUGAUAUUUGUAUCAUGAUCUGCAUGUGAUAAUGUUAUAAGAAACAUCACUUUGUUUGCU